AGUGGAUGUGAUGUGAUAAAAAGUGUGUACACGAAGAAAAUAGUUAACGGUCGUUUUAAAUAAAUUGUAGAUAUAAUUUAAAUAGUUAGUUUAGAAACUUUCUAGCUUAGUUUUUCACGUUCAUUUAAUCAAUUAAUGUUGAAAUUUAACAUUGAAUGAAUAUACAUUUGGAAACUUUGUACCGCCAAAACGGGGGUGGUUGGCGUACAGGAUUCGAAGAAACUGCCAAUUUUCUUAUUUAAUUCUUUACAAGUUGGAGCAUGGAAUUGGAGUUCGGAAAACAUUUUAAGGAUGCAACGAACCUGCUUUUAAUGAUGGAUCACGAUUCUGGAUACAUUGAGGGAUCAGAAAAUUGCAUUACCCACGAUUCGUUUAAGGAUCAUACAAGAGUUUAUGACGAACCAGAUAAUUUCUAUUUAAACGAAGACGCCUUGCUGGAAAAGCCUGAGGUAUUUAUAAAUUUGGAUAAGCCUAAAAACUUUCUCAAUAAUGAGGGAGCUCAUCGCCUUUACUCUCCAGAAAGUUUUCUUGAGAGCUCUGUAAAAAGCGAAGAUUCUACCAAUCGGUACAGUGGAAUAGAAUCAAAUUCUGAGCCGUCUGUGGAGAUUCCGUUACAAGAUCCCAUAGUAGUAAAAUGUCAAGAUCUAAGCCAAAUGGAUAGUUGUAGUGCAAAUCAAUAUAGUAAGACUGAUACCACAUUGGGAUGCACUACUUAUAAUCCUGUUCUUAUUGAAAAGUAUAAUACAGCAUCAGCUGAUAGUAUCAACAAUAUGACUCCAUUAAAAGGAUUUCCAUUAAUCUCUGGAAAAACACAAGGACCUUGUUCAUCUGCUAAAUCAGUAUCUAAUGUAGACAAAUUAAUGGAUUCAAAAGAUAAGAAGAAGCUUACUUUAGUAUUUUCUAAAUCAAAAAAUGAAAAUCACUAUGAGUGCAAGAGAAAAUAUCCUAGUAUAACACCAGAGAAAAAGUUUGAUGUACCUCUUAGUGCAACCAUAAGCCCUGAUAUUUUUGGCGAUGAAGAAGUGGCAGUGAAUAACACAACAAAUUACUUUGAAACCCAAACUCUUGAGCAAUGCAAACUUUCAACACAAACCAAAAAUGAAGAAAUUUAUGUUGAUAAACUGGACCAUAAACUAUUAAAGAGAGUUCAAAAAGGAAUGAGUGGGGUAUUGCCUCCUCCAAGUGUAACAAUAAUCAACAUGUCAUCAGCAGAGAUGUUGGAAAGGAUACAGGCAAACAAAGAUUAUUUCUGGAAUAGUGAUGUAAUAAUAGAGAAAGUUGAUUGUGAAAAUAACGAAUCGUCUUUGAAUUCAAGUAGUGAUAGCAGAAGUUGCUCUAAAUCCUUAUUACUCAAUAUAGAGUCCAGUACAAAUUUAGAUAAUGCUGAAUUCACUCAGCUACUUAAGUAUAGAUAUCAUGGACUACAUCACAAUCGAAGUAGAGUAUCAGAAGAGAUUGAAAGUAUGUGUGAAAAAUAUCAAAAAAGAUUUGUCGGUGCAGAAACUCAGUCCACUUGCACAGUUUUUGAGUUACAAGUGUCCAGUCCUACAAAGAGAAAAAUGACUAAACCCCGAUGGGGUGGUAAAUCUCCAGGACGAAGACUGAGUCAUUUGGCUCGCAGAAGAAUUACUUUUUCAAGUGCAAAUUUGCAGACCGGAGGCUCAAGAUUAGCAGGAUCAAGGGCACGUCAAAUAUUAGUAGAUGCUAGGCAAAUGGAGUUACUCAAUCGUCGCAAAAGUCCAAGAAAGAGCCCUAGGAAGACUCCUAAAAAGACUCCAAGAAAGAGUCCUAAAACCAAGGCACGAACUCCAAGUAGUUCUGCCAAGAAGAAGUUGGCAAUGAAAUUCCGUAAGCUGACUGGAGAAUUUGAGACAUCAGUUCCUAGCACUUCCGAAACAUCAUUUACUUUUUCUAAAACAACUUCAAGUGAAAAUAACAAAGGCAACACAAUGAGUUCGAAAAGAGCUCUGUUUCAAAGUCCAAAUCGUGAUAGAAAUUCUAGUCUUACAACCAAUUACCCUCAAGGUGUAUUGAACUCUACUGAAAAAUCUAAACUUAGAAGGGUACUGUUUUCAUCUCCUAAAAAGAGUUCACCAUUAAAAGGUAAAAAAUCCCCGUUUAAACAAAUGGGAAUGGAGAAAAAAAGAAAAAGGAGUGAAUCAGAUGAUGUACCACCAGCAAAGUUUCCUAGAAGUGUUUCUAUGGAUAUUAGAGCAGUGUCUAGUGGUAGUAGAUCAUUUUUUAAGCCUCAGAGUGAAUUAAAUGCAUCAUUGACUCGAAGCCAAUCUAACUAUGAACUCACAGAUACUCACAAGAAGAAGCUGCAGUGGGCAGUUUAUGGCGCUUUGCAAUUAAAUAAUAUCACAAAAGAUCAUCCUCAAUGGAAAAUCUUUGCAGCUGUUCUUGGUCGUGUGGUUCGAUACUUUUUCACACAUCAAGUCGCUGCUAGUAUGGCUGUAGGUGCUAAGCUGGAAGGUGGUACCACUGAAAGAAUGAACAGGAUCGCAAAGUACCAUAUUUUGUCUGUUAUCAAGGGCAAGUCUGCUGACGAAAUCAUUGCUGAGUAUUUGAAAAGUAGGCCUAGAGUCAGCAAGCCUCAAGGCUAUGUCGCGCCGGAAGAGUACAACAAUAUGAAAAAGAAGAUUACUCCUGCUGUAAAAGAUGGUAUUCUUCAAGACAGAGUCAACACAAUUGAGAGUUGGGAAAAAACCAGAGCUCAACAGAUGCUGAAGCCGACCCUGACCGAAAACAGAAUUGAGCGUAUUCGAAAAGUGAUCAAUUUUGGGGAUGACAGAUAAUUUAAAUGUUGUUUUUAAUUUAUGCUAUUUGCAAUAUUUUAAAAAAACGCCUUAGUUACGUCCCUAAGUUUAAAUCUGAAACUCUUCCAUCAGUGGAUAUGUUUGUGGCCAAUUUAUUAAUUUUUUAGAGUGUAACUGUAAUCUUCAAAAUGAUCGACCUUUUUAAGACUUAAAAUAAAAUUUUAAUAUAUUUAAGAAGAAACUGUUGCGUCUUAGUUUGUAAGUAUUUAAAUGUAAUUAUUUUCAGUUAAAAUAAAAAUAAACAGCGUUAAGUCUUAA